GCAAGUACAGACAAAAGCAUCAUGACCAUAAUCGGCAACAACAAAGAUAUCCACCCCUGCUUACGAAGAACAAAUUGGAAAGAGACUUCAGAUGCCGAGUACGAAUACCUCAAACCAGUUCUCCGAAUCGUAACCAAGAUGCUGGAGAUGGAUGGUGUAUUGGAUCUAUGGUUUGCUUUAGGGCAACCGAUGCAAAAACUGCCACGAACGGAGAUGUUGAAAGCUCAAAAACAAAAGCAUCGGGUUUAUUAUACAGGUAGAUCUACAGUGGGGCAGAGAGUACACACCAAAAGCGAGAUGAAAGCGCUCUGCGACUAUGUGACGUUUUCAUGGCUGCACGAACGCGAAUGUCCUGGGUCGACACUUGUGAAUGUCAACAGGCCAGGGCUUCGUCCAGGGGAGAAGCGGUAG